GGCGCCGUCUAUCAUUGGAUUUAGCGUUGCCGCUGGGAUAUACGUAUCUGAAAUCGCCGAAGCGAUUCCGAUCGUUCGUAGAGACAUUUUAAGAAAGAUUCCAGUGCUUGGUGAAUAUUGGAGGGAGGAGGAAACACAAACCUAUAAAUUUUUUGUCGAAAUGACCUGCGGCGGCUGCAAAAACUCAGUAGCGAGUGCUUUGAAGAAAGUUGAUGGUAUUGAAAGCGUGGACAUAGAUCUCGCGGAAAAACUUGUCACUGUUAAUGCUAAUGCUACUAUUACAAAAGAGGACGUUCUGGCGACUAUUAAGAAAACCGGAAAGCAUGUUUACUCCAUUGAGUGA